CAUAUUUCGUGUCUGUAGGCGUUUAAAAAAGUUUUUGAAAAUAGUGCCUCUUUGUGUGAGAAAUCGUCUGCCUCAACUGGAAGCUCGGUCAUUCCCAAGACAAGAUGGAGGAAUAAGAAUACAGAGCCUUCAUUUUUUGACGGGAAUAGACUCGAAAAAGAAAUCGCGAGGGAGGUUUUACUAGGUCCUUGGUGACCAGUAAACUUUCUGAAUUUCUUCACAGAUUGGUCUGUAUUGUGAUAAAGUAAUCCGUUCAUUAUGAAACCGAGAAAGUCGGAACUUCAGCCGUUGGCAUUCUUUCUAGGAUUCCUGCUUUUUGCUCAGUUUUUGGACACGUCUGAUGCGGCAGCAUGUGUAGGGUGCACUUCCACCGUGUGUAUAUGUGAAGGACAGAAGGGAGAGAGGGGGGCUGGGGGAUUGCCUGGAUUGCAGGGUCCCCCAGGGUUACCUGGAUUUCCAGGCCCCGAGGGACCUCUUGGCCCCGUAGGAAUGAAAGGAGAUCCUGGAGAGUUUGGAGCAAGAGGCCCCAAGGGAUACCGGGGUGCAAGUGGCCUACCAGGAUUCACAGGAGUACCGGGAAUCCCUGGUCAAUCAGGAUUGGAAGGCCCUGUUGGACCUCAAGGUUAUCCAGGAUGCAACGGUACAAAGGGACAACAAGGUUUUCCUGGACAACGGGGUUUUGAUGGUUACCCUGGCGACCAUGGACUUCAUGGACAUCCAGGACCAAAGGGAGAGCCAGGAGAGAUUGAAGGAAUUGGGAUUGGAUCAAAAGGAGAACCUGGAGAAAGUGGAUAUGAUGGUCUGCCGGGAGAACCUGGGGAGAAUGGACUGACUGGAGAACCAGGUUUUCCUGGUGACACUGGCCAUCCGGGUGUUCCUGGUUUUAGGGGUAUUGAUGGUAUGAAGGGAUCUCCAGGGACGGCAAGGGAUGGAUUGAAAGGCCAGAAGGGUGACCGUGGAGAUGUUGGCCCCCCGGGCAAGGCCCCAGUCACUGGACCCGGGGAGAUCCAGUCGGGAGAACCUGGAGAUGCUGGUGACACUGGUGACAAGGGGCCUACGGGCCUCCCAGGCAUAAAGGGGCCACCUGGAGACCAGGGAGGAAUUGGUCGCCAUGGUUCGAAUGGACUUAAGGGAAUGCCAGGACCAUCAGGUCGCAGGGGUAAAAGGGGUAAGGAAGGUCCUCCUGGACCUUAUGGACCUAAAGGAAUGACAGGUGCUAAAGGUUUUCCUGGACAUCCUGGCAUAAAUGGACUCAAGGGUAUGUCUGGACUCCCUGGAUUCAGUGGUAGAACUGGCCUGCAAGGACCACCGGGUUAUCCAGGAACCUUUGUCAAUGGUAGUGGAAAUGGACGACCUGGACCACCUGGUAGACAGGGCCCACCUGGACCAAAGGGAGAAAUGGGAAGACCAGGUUUCGAAGGUGAAGUUGGCCGCAAUGGCUUACCUGGUUUGCAAGGCCCACCUGGUCAGCCAGGGUUGCCAGGGUUACCAGGUGUUCCAGGAAUGUCGAUGAAGGGAGACCAAGGGUUAUCAGGUUUGCCCGGUGAGGAUGGCAAGGAUGGACUGGUUGGUUUUCCUGGGACGGGCGGAGAACCAGGAGAGAAAGGAAGAAUCGGUGAAACCGUCGUGGGACACAAAGGAGAGAGAGGUUACCCCGGUAUUUCCGGUUUGCCUGGUCUGCCUGGUAUCCCUGGUGAUUCAGGCCCUUAUGGUGAACCCGGAACACCAGGAGAAGGGUUCGCAUUCUUUGGGCCUCCUGGAACGCCAGGGUUGCCAGGUGAUCGUGGAGCCCCAGGAGAACCUGGAAUGGAUGGUCUUGGUGGUCUACCUGGACCUAGAGGUCAAAAAGGUGAAGACUGUGGUUUUUGUCCCGAUGGUGUUCCUGGCCAUAUUGGAGAACCGGGUGCAUCUGGCCGACCAGGUCAGGAUGGAAUUCCAGGCAGUCCAGGUCUGCCGGGCUUGAAGGGAAGUCCUGGUGAUUCAGGUCUGCCAGGAAGAGAUGGACAAGAAGGAACACAGGGUUUCUCUGGUCGAGAUGGAGAGCCCGGCUUGCCUGGCAUCAAGGGUGAGAGGGGUGACGUGAUUGGUGUUGAUCUGGAGAACUAUCGAGGCCCCCUGGGCGGGAAGGGAGCCCGUGGACUCCCUGGCAUGCCAGGUAGAGAUGGGUCAAUGGGCCCUGUCGGUGAAAGAGGUUUGCCAGGCUUGUUUGGAGCUCAGGGAAUGAAGGGUGACUACGGUAUACCUGGCAUUGAUGGUUUAGAUGGUUUGCCUGGACUGCCUGGUUUCUCGGGCAGAAAGGGAGAGCCGGGACAGUCCAUUCAGGGCCCAGUGGGUCGGAAGGGAGCAGCAGGACUACCGGGGCUGGAUGGAUACCCAGGACCGAAAGGAGAAGCAGGUGAUGUCGGAGAUGCGGUUCCAGCACCGGAGUUGCUGCGGUAUGCUGGCGAUCCUGGGGAGCGUGGGCUACCAGGGUUGCCAGGACUACCGGGAGAAAGUGGACUUCCAGGUCUGCAUGGAGAUGAUGGUUUACCAGGGUUGCCUGGACUGCCUGGACCAAAGGGGAUGAAGGGCCUGGGUGGUCUGCCUGGAUUACCCGGAGAACAAGGACGGAUGGGGCCGAAGGGAUACUUCGGGUUGCCGGGAGACAAUGGGUUCCCUGGUCUGAGUGGGCAGAAAGGAAUGCAGGGAGAAAACGGUCUUGAUGGAAUUCCAGGAGAAAGAGGUACACCUGGUGAGCCAGGACGGGUACUAGGGGAUGGUAUUCCUGGACCUCGUGGUGAGGACGGAUAUCCCGGGGAGAUAGGGAGACCAGGACCUGAUGGACAGCCUGGAUUUCCUGGACAGAAUGGACUGGAUGGACUUCCAGGGCAGAAAGGAGAAUCAGGCCUGCCUGGUUUAGAAGGGCGUCCUGGAUUGCGAGGCUUUCCAGGUGACAGUCGUCCUGGGCCACCUGGACAGGUAGGACUUCCAGGGUCAUCAGGCAAUCCAGGUCUGCCUGGUUUGAAUGGUAUCCGUGGUGAUGAUGGGUUGCCAGGACUGCCGGGAUUCCCUGGAUCCAAAGGAGACAAUGGUUUACCAGGACUGGACGGCCAUCCAGGAGAAGAGGGUCGACCUGGGGCUCCCGGGGAACCAGGGCUGUCUGGGUUGCCAGGGCGACCAGGUUUACCUGGACCUAAAGGCAGUAUGGGUCUUCCUGGUCCCCCAGGCUUCGAUGGCCGAGACGGACUUCCUGGAGUCAGAGGACUCAAAGGACCACCUGGUGACAAUGGCUUUCCUGGAUCGCCUGGAUUGGAUGGACUGCGAGGUCCAGAGGGUUACCCUGGUGAGGACGGUUUACCUGGACUACCAGGAGAGAAAGGAGAACAGUCACCGUACGGCUACCCUGGACAGAAGGGAGACCGGGGGCGUGAUGGGUUGCCAGGGUUACAUGGAGAGCCUGGUUUGAACGGAGUGGAUGGCCUUCCUGGAGAACGUGGUGAUGUUGGACCGAGUAUUGAUGGGGAACUCGGUCGUCCUGGUCUGCCUGGUUUGGAUGGCUUGCCUGGAAUUGAUGGACUUCCUGGACUUAAAGGACAUCUCGGAGAUAUGGGAAUACCAGGUUUGGUUGGACUGCCGGGUGAUCCUGGUAAUUUUGGCCAACCUGGACUGGACGGAUUGCCUGGACUGCCUGGACUGAAGGGAGAGCGAGGAGUGGAUGGACCACCAGGACGGAGAGCAGACUUUGGCCAGCCAGGAGAGAAUGGUUUACCUGGUCUACCUGGGCUACCUGGUCAGCGUGGUGACCCUGGUCCAGAAGGUUUGCCUGGUUUAAACGGUGAGCCUGGAGCCCCAGGAAAUGAUGGUUUCCCUGGACUCCCUGGAUUAGGUGGAUUGGACGGACCAAAAGGAGAGACAGGUUAUCCUGGUCAGGAUGGGCGGCCCGGAAGUCGAGGCUUCCCUGGUGACGAUGGACUACCUGGUAUCCCAGGGCAACCGGGAUCGAGAGGGAAGCCUGGACCUGAUGGUCAGCCUGGUUUUUACGGAGAGAAGGGUCUUCCAGGUAUUGAAGGACCACAAGGUUUGCCUGGUCUGCCCGGAUCUGAUGGACCUCCAGGACGCCCUGGUGCACCAGGACAAGAUGGUUACUCAGGAUCCCCUGGGGUUCCGGGUGUUUUCGGACCACCUGGAGAUGAUGGUAUCCCGGGGCGACCAGGCUUCAAGGGAGAGCAGGGUGAACGGGGAUUCACGUAUCCUGGUAUGAAGGGAAGCCCCGGUGAUCCAGGACUGGACGGGCUGCCAGGUAUGAGAGGUUCAGAGGGGUUGCCUGGGUUACCUGGUGCUCCUGGCUUCAAGGGAGAAAAGGGAGACUUAGGCGAACCAGGAAUUCAAGGUGAAGAUGGAAGACCUGGAGUAGAUGGCCUAAGAGGAUAUGAUGGAGAUCCUGGACAGACAUCUUUCCCAGGAGAGAAGGGUGACCGUGGAGAUCCAGGACUUAAUGGACUGCCUGGAUAUAGUGGAGAACAAGGAGACGCCGGUUUCCCGGGGCAACGCGGCUUGCCUGGUGAUGACGGAGCUCCAGGUGUCCGAGGGCCGACUGGUGACCGGGGUCCAGCUCCACUAACAAUCCCUUCUGGACCAAAGGGUUUCCAUGGAGAUCCAGGAGAGCCUGGCUAUCCAGGGCUGGAUGGAGAACGUGGACGGCCAGGCCAAGAUGGCUUGCCUGGAUUACCUGGUAGGAAAGGAGAAUCGGGUUACCCUGGAGAGCUGGGUAUCCAUGGUGAUUCUGGGUUGCCGGGUGUGCGUGGACUGCCAGGUCAUGAUGGGAUGCCUGGACUGCCUGGUCUUCCUGGUUCACCUGGUCAUCCUGGUGACUCUGGUGAUAUUGGUGGUGGCCCUGGUUUGUUAUUUACCAGACACAGUCAAGCCGCUAGGGUUCCGGAAUGUCCACGGGGCACCUACAAGAUGUGGGAUGGAUAUUCACUUGUCUACGUUAUGGGCAAUUCACGAUCACAUGGACAAGAUCUCGGUAAUGCUGGCAGCUGUUUGAGACGAUUCACAACCAUGCCGUUCAUGUUCUGCAACAUCAACAAUGUGUGCAACGUGGCCUCGCGCAAUGACUACAGCUACUGGCUGUCCACGCCGGAGCCCAUGACGGCGAUGAUGAACCCUGUGCGGGGUGAACAGAUCCGCUCGUACAUCAGCAGGUGUUCUGUGUGCGAGUCUCCAGCUCCUGUUCUAGCUGUCCAUAGUCAGACAAUGGUGAUUCCAGAAUGUCCUCUAGGCUGGCGGGGCUUGUGGAUUGGUUACAGUUUUGUUUUGAACACUGGUGCGGGUGCACAGGGAUCCGGCCAAUCUCUCGACUCCCCAGGCUCGUGUCUUGAAGAUUUCCGCUCGACGCCGUUCAUCGAGUGCCACGGCCACGGCACGUGCAACUACUACGCCACGUCUCUAAGCUUCUGGCUGGCCACGCUGGAACGCGGAGACCAAUUCCACAGACCUCAGUCAGCCACGCUUAAGGCGGGCGAUCUCCGCCGCAGAAUUAGUCGAUGUCAAGUCUGUCUCAAGCAGAGAGAGAAUGAAAACUUUACAUUUAGGUUUAAGAAAUAAUCUUUUAGUGGGUCUGUAUGUAAUAAUAAUUAGGUUUAAAUUAUCAGUAAAUUCAUUUCAUCAUAUGUUCUGGUUUUUAGUGUCGGGACAUGGUGUGUUUGAUCUCGCCAUGGAAAUGUCGAUCCAUCAAAGACAUAAUUAUGCAUGUUACAGUGUACAUAGUUGUUUUGUAUAUGACCCUUAGUUCAAGCAAUGUGAAAUGCUGGAUGAUUUUAGCAGAGAAGCUAAUAAAUACCAUAAUUAUCCAAAUAAAUGUACUGCAUAUAUUGUUAAAGGCUAGACAAUCAGUACUCUAAUUCUUCAAAUAAAUGUACUACAUAUAUUAUAAGAGGAAAUAUAACAAGUACUGUAAUUCUUCAAAUAAAUGAACUACCUAUAUAAUUAUAGACUACAUAAUUGGUACUGUAAUUCUUCAAAUAAAUGUACUGUAUGUUUUUAUGAAAGAAAAGGAAUAUUUAGCUACACUUCAGUUCAUUUUUAACUAGGACAUUUGGUCUAAACAUACAAUAAUUUUGACAUUUGGUACCGAUACUAAAAAAAUCAUGAAUAGAUACGUGAAUGGCAGAGGAUAACUCUCACCUACACAAAAUUCAUGUAAUAAUUAUUACUUAAUUUUCUUGUCUAUUAAGUUUUCUGUUCAUUUUCCAAAAUAAUUAUUAAUAAAGACCCAUACGCUGUGUAUUUAUCGUGAUAAUUAUGGUAUGUGUAGGUUUCCUAUUGUUCAAUGUAGCGAACAAGACUGAUUUUAUGGUGCUAUUUUGUACGAUUUUAAUGUUAUAUAUAUUUUGUACAUUUUGAUAUUUCGAUUUUGUAGAUUAAGUAAGACUGCAUUUCAAGAUGUGUCUUGUUUGUAAACCUAAGAUAAAUUACUGACUGUGCAAUGUUUACAUUAUUAACCAACACUGCCAAAUGAACUUGUUCAUAUUCAUGAAUAUUCAUGAAGCUUGUGAUACUGUUUUAAUGUUGUUUUUCUGUCGUCAUAUGCAUAAUAAGAAAUUUUGUAUGGAUUUUUAUUUUAUAAGACAUUUAAAUGUCUUAAUUAAUUAAAGAAUACAUGACUAAGAAUGGUGAGUUUGUAGACUUUUUAUGCUAAACUUGUGGAAAUUUGUAGUUUGACUAAUUUAGUGAUUAUGUUUGAAUAAAUAGAAUACUCCUUGAUGACAUUUCAUUAGGUUGAUCUGAGGUAAUAUAUUUGUACCUAUACCACUGUAUGCAGGGCUAGCUAUGGGUCAGCAGAAAAUUUUGCCAAAUGAUCUAGCAAACUUCAAAUACUGCAGAAAUUCAGUUAUUUUUGUAACAAAAUAUAAAAUAGUUCAUGAAAUUAUUUCACCAAAUUAAAAUAAAAUUCGCCAAUUGUUUUUGAAAUUUCCAGUUGGCGAAUUUGGCAAGUGCCAGAGCUAGCCCUGGUAUGGGAGGCAAGUGUAUAUAGUAUUAGACUUGUUUAUCCCAUCCAGCAGUCCAUGUGAAUUUGCAUCCGUCUGUCCAUCUGACUACACAAAGACGGGAUUGGGUUUCAGUGUGCAGGGGUUCAGCAGAGUGAUUUCUCAGCUUUUUAUCGGAUUUUAGGUGGGGUUUUUUUUGGUUUUUUGCAUAUAAUGAUUGUUACAACAUAAGACUGGAUUUGAUCUAAAAUGAUAAAAAAUGACCUUUAUUAAGGUUAUAGUGCAGAGGUUUCAGCUUUUAAAAGAUCAUUUCAGCUUUUAUUUAUUUAAAAAUGUGUCACACUUCUAACUAGUCUCACAAGUAAACCACAUUGCCCAUUUAUAAUGCUCAGUUAAAGGUGCUACUAGUAGUACCUCGUAUAACAACUACAUGGCAGUACAUGUAACUGUAGAUUUUAAUGAAUAUGCAUGUUCCUGUACCACUAAGAAUAGGUACAUGUUGCCCAUACAGUUCAAAAUAUCUUGGCUUCUAUCAAAAUGACAUGUCCAACUAUGAAGUGACAUGUCCAACUAUGAAGUGAUAAGUCCCACUACGAAGUGACAAGUCCCACUGCAGUGACAAAUCCCACCAUGAAGUGACAAGUCCCGCCAUGCAGUGAUACGUCCCACUAUACAGUGACAAGUCCCACCAUGCAGUGACAAGUCCCACUAUGCAGUGAUACAUUUCACUAUGUUGUGACAAGUCCAUAUUAUAAAGUGACAAGUCCCAUUAUGAUGUAACAAUCGCACAGAGUGACACGUCUCACUAUGAAGUGACACAUUUCACUAUGUAGUGACAAGUCCCAUUAUGAAAUGAAAUCCCACUACUAAGCAACACUACCAUCAGAUUUGAGAAUAUACUUUGACAAAUUCCAAUCCUUAAAAUUAUUUCAAUGGGAUACAUUGUUUAAGAGAUGGUUGUUGGAUAAUUUAAAGAGUAACCUACCAUUUUGUAUUAUGUUGAUGUCCCUCCUGUAAUAUUUUUAUUAAUCAGUCGCUAAAGCUCAAGAUUAAAAAAAUAUAUUUCACGAGGGACAUGAACUUGAUACUAAAUGGAACCUGGCAUCAGUUGUAAUGGAGUUACAUAGACUGCAUUUCAUGUGCACAUCAUGUUCUAAGUUAAUAGCGUGCAAUGGCAAAGCUGCCUAAAGCUGCCUUCACCAAGCUCAACUGUAACUAUGACUGACAAAUAAAGUAUCACACACAA